AUGUCAGAGUCUGUUGCAGUUGCAGUCAUGAUCAAGUAUUCGAGUUACAUUAAGGGGAAGAUAUUUGAGAUAGAUGUUGUUGAGCUAUUAAAGAGUGUAAAAUCGAUUAGAAUUGAAAGCGCAUCGUGGCCACCGUUAUAUGAUGGUGAACGUUCUUCUGUUCGAUACACGUUAAUUACUGAAGGCACAUCACCGAGGCGUAACGACGGAGGUGUAGAUAUAAUUUGCGAAGCAGGUUUUAACGUUAAUUUACAUUUGAUUCAAAAAAUUAUACUAAUAGAAAGUAAUAUAGGACCCUCCGUCGUUCGCGAAUUAAGAGGUGCGAUAUGUCAAAGAGAUCUAGGCACGAUCGGUAUUCUGGUCUCUCCCCGACUUAAUUUUACAGAAUUCGCGGUUAAUGAAGCUAAAAUAUCGACCUAUCCUGUCAUAUUGACGGAUAAAUCCCACCUUCCCGAAAUCAUCCUUAAUCUCGCAAUAGACUCUCUCCAAGAUAUACCGUAUGAUUUUUUAUUUUAUCAUGAACUUGUAAACCAUUAA